GGUCACACUGCAACGCACAGCUGUGGCGUCCUCAUCCGAAAUUGCAACGCUUUUUCUCGAUUUGACAGCAUUCCCGCGCUCGCCUUUGUUUAAAACUGUAGCCAACAUGGAGCCAAUGACCCUGGGCAGCCCGGUGAACAGCCCCGGCUCGAACCAGAGCCAGUACCUGCCGCCCUUCCUGCUCGGCGAUCCGCAAAACCUAACGCCGCACAAGAACACGCUUUCGCCGAAGCCCGGCGGUCGCUACAAUGUGAGUUUCGCCACAUCGCCCGGCGGCGCCGCAGGGAGCAGCCCGCACGACUUUAACCGCUCGGCCAUGAACACACGCACUUUGUUCGGCGGCGGCGGCGGAGGAGGAGGAGUUCAAGGAAAUGGAGGCCACAACGUUUCCCUCAACCAGUCGGGCGCCCAUGGCCACCACCAUCACCACCACCAGGCGGGACCGCCCACCCAGGGACUCUUCGAUUCGCUGCGCGAACAGGCCGCCACUCCGCAGCAGCGCAGUCAACUGAGCCUGCUGAAUCAGAGCUACCAAACCAACGAUUCCUUCGCUCCCGGGGCACCGAAUGCCAUUAAUGCCUCAAUGAGGGCUUUGUGCUCUCCUCUGGGAGCCAUUGCCUCGCCAGGAGUUAUAGGAACACCAGUUAGCAAUGGAAACGGCAACUCCCGCCUGGCCGACUUUUGGGUCACCAUCUUUGGCUUCUCGCCGGGAGCCAGCUCCAUGGUGCUGCAGCACUUCACGCUCUGCGGCACCAUUGUGGACGUGGUGCAUGCCCCGCAGAACGGCAACUGGAUGCAUGUGCGCUUCUCCUCGCGCAUCGAAAGCGACAAGGCUCUGAACUACAAUCACAAGAUCAUCGCCGGCAAUGUAAUGGUGGGCGUGGCCCGCUGCACCGAACGUUCGGUGCUGGACAAGGAGAACAGCAGCGGUUUGGCCAAUGCAGAGGCCACAGUAGCUAGCAAUCAGCCCACCAGUCCCAUUCGUCCCUUUGCCCAGCAGUCGUACAAGCUGGCACGGAAUGAGAAUACCAUUUCGCCGUCGAAGGAUGUGCCGCAGAAGAGCUCCGGGCUGAUGGACAAGGCCAUGGACUUGAUAUUCGGCUGGUGAGACAGGAGGAGGGCUGGCUUUUCCGGCUACUUAUUUAAUAAUUCACUGCGUACAUCCAGCAUACAUACAUACAUACUUAUUAAAAGAGAUACAAUAGCAA